CUGCCAAACCAGUAGAUUCUUGAUCGAGUUCUCUGGUGGAACCAAAGUCAACAAUACGAUUAACAAGGAAUCUUCAGAUAUCAACAAAUUAUAUUCAAAUAUGAUGAACGUUGUUGCUAGUUUGCCUUCAAGUGUUUCCAAGAAAUUAUUCUGCGCCCGCUUUCAUGAUGGCAAGAUUUGCUUGGAAGAGCUAUUUGUUCAUAAGCGAAAGUAUUAUAGGAAAAUCCAUACAUCUUUUCGAUGCCCGACUACACCAAGAUUGCUUAUCGAAUACAUCAAGCAAAUUACCAAAAUACUCCAAUGGAAAGAGGCAAUCGUCAACUUGACGUUAGAAUUUGAAGAAUAAGCAUACUCUUCCCCCUUUUCUUCUUUCUUCUUUCUUUUUCACUUUUUUUUUAUUACUGAUUAUUUUAUGUUUAAAUGCCCAAAAAGACACUUCAACACUCACUCUUUACUGCUUUAGAAAAUGCACAGGAAUAUGUAGCUAAUAUCUAUAUCGAAUGCCCACAUAUCACUACCUUGGCACUUAAAGGUAAGAAAAAGAAAAAAAA